AUGUUCGCGUCAGCAUAUUUUGUCCUCCUACCCAUGCAUUUCUUGUCUCUUCUAACUCUAGUGGCGCUGGCGCUAGCCGCCAGACCCUUAAACCGUGGAAACGAGAUUGCAACGCCACAUUCGCAUGAUAGUGCCGUUUCCCAGUACACGGAGAACCUCCUGUUGCGUCCAUUGCCCCGCAGCAAGGUGCUCGCGUCUUUUGCUUUCCACUCAGAACUGCCGCCGUUGCCUCUUCUUUACAACCAAACAGACCGUGUACCACGGCACUACGGUGCGUUUCCCCGCGCCUUGGAACCUGUCUUGGCAUCCACAAACACGCGCGAGUUACACUUGCGCUUUACCCAGGGUUGCUGGGAUUCAGACGCCUGGGGCGCGUUGCCUGCCAACGGAUCCCACAGUGGAGGAACAGGGGUAGAAUUGUGGGCCGCUAUUGAGGCAGCUUCUCCUGCUGAAGCCAUGCAAAAUUGGGUCCGCUUGGCCGAGCUGCUCCUGGGUUUUUUCUGUGCGUCGCUCAACUUCGUGACCGAAGCAGCUACAACCCGCCCUCGCCAUGCGACAGGAGGUGGUUUUGUGGCUAACAGCACGAAUAGCUUAUACGUUAUGCGCGCAGCACUUCCGGACGAGCCAAUUUGCACGGAGAACUUGACGCCUUUCCUCAAAAUGCUUCCAACUCGUGGUAAAGCAGGCGUGGCGCUGUUGUUGGACGGCCAUAGCGUUUACGAUGCCUUGUGGCACUCCAUGGGAGUCGAUCUCACGACAAAGUGUACCGAUGGCUCGUGCAAUUUGGUGCUUGACCAGUACAUUCACGCUCUUGUGGACAUUGAACGUCUGCUUCGGCGCCGCACAGAAGGUGGCAUACCAAAGCCUAUACCUGGAGACCGUUUGCGCUGCGAUCCGGCAAAGCAUCAUGACGCCUGGCACUGCUUCCCUAGUGCCGCGAACCUCUCAAUAGAGUGGGACGUGGCAUCCUUGUUCGGGCGCCCAAUUAGAGGUGCUGCCUUCGAAGGUGGCCUUGGCUCUAGCACCGUCUCGUUCGACCUUGACCGUUCCCACUGGGACGUCCAAGUUCUUUCACCUGAAAAUAUAUCGUUUUCAGAGGACGCUACAACAUUUUCUCUUACAAAACCUGACGACUAUAAUUUCCACCUUUCGACACAUAAUUCGAGCGUCACGAGCCCGAUUCCAGCACCCCCUGUGCGUGUUUCUCGCUCGUUAACUGGGUACUCUCAAGAUAAAGGCGGUAUGAGAGUUAGGGUGAAGAACCCUACAUCAAAGCCCGUCUCUGUCGUUUAUUUCGAUGCAUUGCCGUGGUUCAUGCGCGUAUACUUACACACGCUUCAAGUCUCUGGUUCCGGGCAAGUGCGCUCGCAAUUUUAUAAACCAGCCAUUGAUAGAAAGCGUCUUGGCCACUUUGAGCUCGAGUUCGAAUUGCCUGCUUUUGGUGACCUCACGUUUACGUACGACUUUGACAAGUCAUUAUUGUUGUACGCUGAGUAUCCACCGGAUGCAAACCACGGUUUCUCCAUUGCACCAGCAGUGGUCAAGGUGGUGGAGAAUAAUGAAAAUGUGUAUGAGAUGCGCACCAACAGUUUACUUCUAACAUUACCAACACCUGAUUUUUCGAUGCCUUAUAACGUUAUAAUUUUAACAUGCACUGUGAUGUCCCUAGCGUUUGGCACGGUGUUCAAUUUGUUGUCGAAGAAAGUUGUUACCGAGGCUGAGCUGGAAGAGGCGGCAAAGAAGUCGGCUAUAGGCCGUUUCAAGGCGCGUGUGCGGGCGCUCAAGGCCAAAGUGAAGGCCAAAAAAGCAUAA